AUGGCAAAAACAAAACAUCCACAGUUUAUGGAGUACGGGCGCUUCAGAGAGAGAAGGGAGCCAGAAUAUCCGUCCAUCUUCGAGAUCUUUCCCUGUCAGCCGACUCCAGGACCUGCCCCUCGCAUCAAGAAGGAAGAGAAUAGUAAGGACGACACUGGGAAGGACGGCCGUGCAGAGGGCCAUGCUACUGGGCGCGUUAAGAAGAGGAAGGCAGCCGAAGAAAUACUACCGUCUGAUGACCGAGAGCGCAGACACACCGAGCAGCGUCGCCGUCGCCGCAAGAGCCGUCAGAAUGAACUGGUCGCUGCGUCGCAGGUGGGCCCUGCUGAGGUCCACGUUAUUGGGCGCUUCAAAGUAAAUAAGGUCGUUGAAGAUAAUCCACCGUGUAAGGAUCAAGACAGUGACGUGACUUCACAAAGGGAGACUUGCCCCAAGGAAGGAGAUAUAAUACUGGUCGAUGCGCCGCAGAAGGGCCCUGCUGAGGUGGAUGCUGCCAAGAUGGACCAAGAGGACGAGAGAAUAGCUAAAUGUCACGUGGAUACAGCCAAGAUGGAACAGGUUCAUCAAUAUUUACAAGAGAAGACAGUUGAGGGCCGUAUGGGUGCAGGCAAGGUGGGUGAAGCGUGUGGAGAGAUUGAUGAAGGGGCACAUGAUGGUGUUGUGCACGCUGCUGAGAUUGACACAGUAUGUGGAAAUGAGGAUGAAGGAGCAGCUGAGUAUCUCAUGAAUGCUGCUGGGAACGAACAAGCCCAUCAAGAUUUACAGGACAAGGUAGAUGAGAGUCGCAUGGGUGCUGCCAAGAUGGGCGAAUCAUGUGGAGAGAUUGAUGAAGGGGCAGAUGAGAGUCUCGAAGAUGAUGCUGAGAUUGACAAAGCAUGUGGAAAUGAGGAGGCAGCUGCAGUUAAGGGUCUCAUGAAUGCUGCUGCCAAAGAAGAAGCGAGUCCAAAUUUAGAAGAGGAGGCGGCUGAGAGUCUCAUGGAUGCUGCCAAGAUGGGCGAAACAUGUGGAGAGAUUGAUGAAGGGGCACAUGAUGGUGUUGUGCACGCUGCUGAGAGUGACACAGUAUGUGGAAAUGAGGAUAAAGGGGCAGCUGAGUGUCUCGUGGAUGUUGCUGGGAUCGAAAAAGCCCAUCAAGAUUUACAGGAGAAGGUACUUGAGAGUCGCAUGGAUGCUGCCAAGAUGGGCGAAACAUGUGGAGAGAUUGAUGAAGGGCCAGAUGAGAGUCUCGAAGAUGAUGCUGAGAUUGACAAAGCAUAUGGAAAUGAGGAGGCAGCUGCAGCUAAGGGUCUCAUGAAUGAUGCCGCCAUGGAAGAAGCGAGUCCAAAUUUAGAAGAGGAGGCAGCUGAGAGUCUCAUGGAUGCUGCCAAGAUGGGCGAAACAUGUGGAGGGAUUGAUGAAGGGGUAGAUGAUGGUGUUGUGGACGCUGCUGAGGUUGACACAGUAUGUGUAAAUGAGGAUGAAGGGGCAGCUCAGUGUCUCAUGGAUGCUGCUGGGAUCGAACAAGCCCAUCAAGAUAUACAGGAGAAGGUUGUUGAGAGUCGCAUGGGUGCUGCCAAGAUGGGCGAAACAUGUGGAGAGAUUGAUGAAGGGGCACAUGAUGGUGUUGUGGACGCUGCUGAGGUUGACACAGUAUGUGGAAAUGAGGAUGUAGGGGCAGCUCAGUGUCUCAUGGAUGCUGCUGGGAUAGAACAAGCCCAUCAAGAUAUACAGGAGAAGGUAGUUGAGAGUCGCAUGGGUGCUGCCAAGAUGGGCGAAACAUGUGGAGAGAUUGAUGAAGGGGCAGAUGAUGGUGUUGUGGACGCUGCUGAGAUUGACACAGUAUGUGGAAAUGAGGAUGAAGGGGCAGCUGAGUGUCCCAUGGAUGCUGCUGGGAUAGAAAAAGCCCAUCAAGAUAUACAGGAGAAGGUAGUUGAGAGUCUCAUGGGUGCUGCCAAGAUGGGCGAAACAUGUGGAGAGAUUGAUGAAGGGGAACAUGAUGGUAUUGUGGACGCUGCUGAGAUUGACACAGUAUGUGGAAAUGAGGAUGAAGGGGCAGCUGAGUGUCUCAUGGAUGCUGCUGGAACCCAACAAGCCCAUCAAUAUUUACAGGAGAAGAUAGUUGAGAGUCGCAUGUGUGCUACCAAGAUGGGCGAAACAUGUGGAGAGAUUGAUGAAGGGGCACAUGAUGGUGUUGUGGACGCUGCUGAGGUUGACACAGUAUGUGGAAAUGAGGAUGAAGGGGCAGCUGAGUGUCUCAUGGAUGCUGCUGGGAUAGAACAAGCCCAUCAAGAUAUACAGGAGAAGGUAGUUGAGAGUCGCAUGGGUGCUGCCAAGAUGGGCGAAACAUGUGGAGAGAUUGAUGAAGGGGCAGAUGAGAUUCUUGAUAAUGAUGCUGAGAUUGACAAAGCAUGUGGAAAUGAGGAGGAAGGUGCGGCUAAGUGUCUCGUGAAUGCUGCCGAGAUAGAAAAAGCUCAUCAAGAUUUAGAGGACGCAGAAGAGAGUCUGUUGUGUGCUCCCAAGAUGGAGGAAGUUCGUGUAGAUUUUGAGGAGGGAGCAGCUAAGAGUCUUUGUAGCCAACCCUCGGGUGCCGCUUGCACCCACUGA